UGACGUCAAAUACACGUUCGAAAAAGAAGCGCGAGCAAACGAAAUGAGCCGAGACAUACAGGAGAUUGUUUUGCUACAUCUUCUGAGUUGAUUCAGGUUAUAUUAUUUAUCUCUGUCUCUGUUAAAAUGUCUCUGUUAAAACCGUUCAGUAAACUUCCUGAUCUGAAUACGGCCAACAUCCUGCUGGUGGAGAAUGAGGAGCAGUUUCAACAGAAUUUGGCAAAUACCCUGGUGGAGGAGACGGCUGUAACUGUGACUGUGAGACUUGCCAAGAGUCUCCCGCUUCCCAUGGAGAACGAUGAGAGUCGACCGAGGAUCGACCUUGUGGUGUUCAUCAUUAAUCUGACCUCGGACAAGAGUUUUGAGUCAGCAAAAGCUUCUCUGAAAUAUUUGGAUCCUGGAUAUUUCCUUGGGAAAGUCUGCUUCAUGGCUACUAAUGCUCGCCAUGCCUCAGUCCGCACAGGGUGCCUGGAUGCUCUCAGACAGCUGGCCGUCUCGCUCCACUGCCCUCUGUUGUUUGCUGAGGAUCAGACUCCUGUAGGAGCAGCGAGUUCAGCGCGAAGGCUGCUCACUAUCCUCAAAGUGGCGUCCGGUCUCGUUCCGAACACCACCGCUCUGUACCUGUCCAACCUGACCAGGUGCACCAUGCCGCCGGACAUCGACCAGCCAAGUUUCGAUUAGCUCCCCUCUGUCAUUUGAUUGAAGCAAAAUCUUUCCUGCGGUCUUUGUUUGUAUUUAUUUGUAGUGCUUUAUUUCAUUUGUUUUCAUCUGUGUGUGUCUGUUGAUGUAUUGAGUUUUAAAGACGGUAGACCAUAGUUUGUUUGUUUUUUCCAAUAUGCUGUACAUUUAUGUAAUCAGGAUUUUUAACUUUGAAUUCUGUUUGUCAAAUAAAAAUGUAAUCUUAGCUCAUAGAGACAAGUCUUGUGUCGUCUUAAGUAGACACCGGACACAAGCUCAUUUCUGUGAUAUCUAAGGAGGUCAGAUAGGGGAAAAGGUGUGUCACCCGGAGCGUGUCCAGAGACACCGUCCCUAGAGUCACGUCUGCAUGCAAACACUAACACGCAAGCUAUUAAUAGUUAUCAUUUUGGCAAUUUUCCACCAUGCAGGAUGUUAAACGCAUGACCUCCGACUGAAGACCACAAUGAGUCGGUGAGACAAUGGAAUAUCUGCGAAAACAAUGGUAGCUUUGUGUCUUCUUGCUUCUCAAAGCUGUUUUCUCUCCAUGCUGUGCAGCUCCAAGACCUAUUUAGACACAUCCCAGAAAUGAUCUGAGCACGAAAUGUCCAUCUGCGCAUUGUCUGCACUUUACCCUGUCAGCUCUGUAGUACAAAGAGCAGCUGAUGACCUUUUGAGUCCGUGUAUGACUUCAUCUCUGGCAAGAAAUCUGGAAUAACGCAUCAAGAGGAUGUUCAUUCAGCUGUUUCAGAAAGAUGCUCUGAAAUAAGAGUUUGCAGAAUAAAAAUACACGCUGAAGUCAA